AUGGGACCCUAUCCUCGCACGAGUAAAGGAAAAUCCUAUAUCUUGGUAGCCACCGACUGCUUCAGUAGAUGGACCGAGGCAUACCCGCUCGGAACAGCUACUACUAAGAACAUUACCGAAACGCUCGAACGAGAAUUUUUCUCACAUUUCGGCUACCCUCGCGUGUGUCUCAGUGACAACGGCCCCCAGUUCGUGUCAAACGACAUGCUUAGCGCGAUUGAACGAUGGGGGGCGGAAGGUUGGACCACCCCAACCUAUCACCCAAGAGCCAACCCGGUCAAGCGCCGCAAUCAGGACUUAAAGAAAGGACUACGCGCGGCACUCACCAACGGCAAACACACCACCUGGGACACUAAGUUAGCCCCCAUUUUAUUUGCUAUUCGAAAUCGGCGCAAUGUACAGACAGGAUAUCCACCAUCGGUGUUAGUACUCGGACGCGAGUGCAAAAGACCCGGGGAUUGGACACUACAAUCUGAUUCACAUACGCAGGUCGAACCAAUAAACAGGGAUAGACUUAAGCGGGAGGUAGAAAUCACAGGCAGACACAACCGGGACAUAGUGGCCGAGAAAUGCAAAUUCUCGGAGGGAGAUAUGGUACUAUAUAAGGCCCACCACUUGUCCAAGGCGCACAAGGGAUUUCAUGCGGGAUUCGCACCGAAAUGGUGGGGUCCUGUAAGGCUGGAAAAGCGAGUUGGUAAAGGAGUUUUCCUAACCGAUCAGUUACCGCCGAGAAAGAUCCACGUGUCCUGCCUAAAACGUGCACAUAAUUAA